AUGCUCAAACUUUUAGUAUCACUUGUUCUCCUUUCAGCAGUUUCUGCAGAUGGGACCACCUGCAAAACUGGAAACAUCGUGAACCGGCGGGUAAACGGAGCCGCUUACUAUUUUCCUGCCACGUGGAAUGAGACCCUCCCAGCACCAAAGUUAGCCAAAGAGCAGUCUUGCAGUUGGACAAUUACUAUUCCAUCGGGAUACUAUGUGAAAGUGAUUAUCGAUGGAAAGACAACUGAUGAGGAUUCAAGAUUCCAAAUGAUUGAUUCUGUUGGGCAUUUUAUACAAACAACUCAUGAGAAGAAAAACCCAUAUUUCUUCCCACCUACCAAACUCACUUUGGCUGUUUCUAACUACGCUGAAGCGACAUUCGGUUUCAGAAUUGAGUGGGCUCAAUUACCUGCUGGACCUUUUGCAAUUCACGGAAUCGGUGACGUUGGUAACGUGAUCAAUGCCACUAACUCGAUCUACAACGAAUUCUACGGUUCAACGGAAGGAAUUUCUCUUCUAGUUUUCCCAGAAGAUCGUAAGAACUACUACUCGCUUAGAAGCACUCUUGUGUUUGAGUCAGCUAACACAGGUCUCGGAAACUACAUUGACAACCUCUACGAAAUGUAUCGCACCGGAAAUCAGUUUUUGUCUCAAUCUACAGGAAUCGUACUUGUCAACGUUGAAGACAGUGGGAAAACUGACCUUUUGCUAGUUCAAUCUGAACAGGAUGUCAAGAAUUUCACCUAUGUAGAAUUGGUCACUGUAGCCAACACAACCUACAAUGCUACUGUAAAUAGUCAUCAUGAACUCUCGGUUCUAGUUUCAGCUACCCACAUCAAUCAAACCAUGAUCAAUGUUGAGAUUGGAGAUACGGACGUUGUAACACAGUACUGGGGAACACCAACCCCAUUCUUUUUUGACAAAAACUAUACAGGAGCCGAAUUGAAAGCAGCACUUCCAAUCUUCUAUCCAGGAUACGGUAUUAUUCAAUGGGUGCUUCACAGUGGAAGAGCCGUGUUUACUUUCCAAGCAUAA